GACCACAACAGAUGCAUGCUCCUCGUCAAAACACACACACACUACCAACCUGGGCGAAAAAUACGGGGGACAAAAACACGUGUCACUUCACCGGAGAAGUGAAUGGAGAGGCCGCUUCUAAACAGAGGCGCCACGGCGGAGCUCCAAUAUGAGCUGAUAGGCGAUGACGGAGAUUACAUUCCGGCGAGAACAUUUAAGCAUUGGAGAUCAGUGUUCGCAAUAGAAUCAGAAAAGCUUUGGAGAAUCGCGAUACCGAUAGCUAUGACAACGCUCUGUCAGUUCGGCCUCAACUCGGUCACUAAUAUAUUUGUAGGACAUGUUGGAGAUCUUGAGCUCUCUUCUUUUAGCAUUGCUAUGGGCGUCAUCAACAUGUUCUCAUUCGGCUUUAUGCUUGGUAUGGGAAGUGCAACAGAGACUCUUUGUGGUCAGGCUUUUGGUGCUGGGCGAAUUCACAUGCUUGGUAUAUAUAUGCAGCGGUCAUGGAUAGUCCUAAGUACAACUUGUAUCUUCAUAAUGCCCAUAUACAUUUUUGCUACCCCAAUCUUAAAGCUAAGCGGACAGCAUGAUGAAAUUGCUGAUCUUGCUGGAGAAGUCGCCAUCCUAAUCAUUCCCCAAUUAUUUUCACUGGCUAUUAAUUUUCCGACCCAAAAGUUUCUCCAAGCACAAAGCAAAGUUAAUGUGCUCGCUUUAAUUGGUUUUGGAAAUCUAAUUUUUCACGGUGGACUACUCUGGCUCUUCAUUUACGUUUUUAAGUGGGGUGUAACUGGUGCAGCUAUAGCCUUUGAUAUCACAAGUUGGACAGCUGCAAUAGCCCAAGUUAUUUACAUUAUUACAUGGUGCAAGGAUGGCUGGACUGGAUUGUCAUCUGCUGCUUUUAAGGAUAUUUGGCCAUUUGUUAGGCUCUCAUUUUCCUCCGCCAUCAUGUUAUGCUUGGAGGUGUGGUAUAUGAUGAGUAUAAAUCUUCUCACCGGCAAUCUUGAUAAUGCUGUGAUUGCUGUCGGGUCACUUACUAUUUGUUCAAACAUCAAUGGAUGGGAGGGCAUGGUGUUUAUCGCAAUAAGUGCUGCAAUAAGUGUUCGAGUUUCCAACGAGCUUGGGUUAGGACAUCCAAGAGCAACUAAAUAUAGUGUGUACGUCACCGUCUUUCAGUCACUUCUGAUCGGUCUACUUUGCAUGAUGAUUGUUAUUAUAAUGAAGAACCAUAUAGCAAGUAUAUUUACGCACAGCAGGGAGAUGCAAGAAGCUGUUUCAAAACUUGCACACCUUCUCGGCGUGACAAUGAUUCUUAACAGUGUCCAGCCAGUGAUAUCUGGUGUUGCUGUCGGAGGGGGAUGGCAAGCUCUUGUCGCUUACAUCAACUUGGGGUCAUACUACGCUUUUGGGCUUCCCCUGGGAUACCUUCUUGGUUACAAAGCUAAUUUAGGGGUGCAGGGACUAUGGGGAGGUAUGAUAAUUGGAAUGAUCCUGCAGACAAUGCUCCUCCUCGCCGUACUCUAUAAAACUAACUGGACUAAGGAGGUGGAGGAGACUUCCUCGCGUAUGGAGCAUUGGGGAGGUCAGAAGAUCAUGGAUAAGGCAUCACAGAAUUAUGUAUAAAUAGAGAGUUGAGCCACGGAGAACCUUUUUCGUUGUUAUGGUGCUAUGCGCCUGAUUAUCAAGUGAUCGGCAUGGCCUCAUAUACCACAUUUCCACCUAUUACCACUAGCAGUUAAUACCACAGUUGUUGUCUAAGCCACUAAUGCAGACACCAUCCUUAUUUUUCUGCCUGAUGUGUGAUUUGCUAGACUGCUAGGCAAAAUUUGUCGACCUGUGAAUUCUUAUAUGCCGGACGAGAACCGAAAAUAGCAGCGUUAUCAUUGAGAAUUCUUAUAUGCCAAGCUCUGUCUCUAUGCUCUAUAUUUAUAAAUUGAGCAGAAUGUUUGGCAGAUUAUUAUCGUUAAAAUUG